UCCCGCUGCCACCGCCGGCUCCUCCUCCCGUGGCCUUCCCCCAAGCCAAGUCUUCCUUCUUUCGGGGAAUAGAGAGCGCCAGCAUGGAUCCCCGGCGCGAAAAUGCCACGCGGACAGCUUCGAAGGCCGGAGCCACCGCCCCCAAGGUUCUGGCGCAAGGAGAGAAGGGUCCCCGGGCGGAGCCCAGCGGACCUCCGGCCGCCCUUGGGGCCGCCGGGCCCAAAGCACAGAAGUGCGGCCCAGUCGGGGCAUCUGGAUCCCGGCGUAAGAAGAGUGCCCCGGGCUCCACGGAGAGACCACAGGUGCGCGCGCGGCGUGUCCGCGCCAAAAAGGCGCCUCUGGGCGCUGAAGACGUGGUGGAGGGGCUGGCGGUUCCGGCGGCGAAGCUGGCGUCUCCUGCGGCCUCGGGGCCGCACCUUCUCCGGACUGGAUCUCGCCGCGAGAGGGACGCGCGCGCCGCUCAGGAGCAGAGAGACUUGCCAGAGCCCACGGAGGUCUCCGGCCUCGGCCAGCUGCUUCCAGCGUCGAGUCUGAGGCAGAAGGGGGCGGUGCCUGGCGCCUGGAAGCCCCGAGCGGUGCUGGAAAAGUUGAGGCUGAGACGCCAGGAAAUCUCAGUGGCGGCGGAGAUUGUGAACAGGGUUGUGGACCACCUGCUGCGGAGAUUGCAGAGCUGUGAGUCCGAGUUCAAAGGUGUCUCCCUGCUGCGCACCGGAAGUUACUACGAGCACGUGAAGAUUUCUGCUCCUAAUGAAUUUGAUAUAAUGUUCAAACUGGAGGUCCCCAGAAUUCAGCCAGAAGAAUAUUGCAACAGUGGUGCUUAUUACUUUGUGAAGUUCAAAAGAAAUCCCAAAGGAAAUCCUCUGAGUCAGUUUUUAGAAGACGAAGUAUUAUCAGCUUCUAAGAUGCUGUUCAAGUUUAGGAAGAUCAUUAAGGAAGAAAUUAAAAACAUUCAAGAUACAGAUGUCAUUAUGCAGAGGAAGAAGAGGGGGAGCCCUGCUGUAACACUUCUUAUUAGAAAACCUAGAGAAAUAUCUGUGGAUAUAAUCCUGGCUUUGGAGUCAAAAAGCAGCUGGCCUGCUAGCACCCAGGAAGGACUGCCCAUCAGUCAGUGGCUUGGGACAAAAGUUAAAACCAAUUUAAGACGACAGCCAUUUUACCUGGUACCCAAGCAUGCAAAGGAAGGAAAUGGUUUUCAAGAAGAAACAUGGCGGCUGUCCUUCUCUCACAUUGAAAAGGACCUUUUGAAAAGUCAUGGACAUUCUAAAACGUGCUGUGAAGCUGAUGGAGUAAAAUGUUGCAGGAAAGAUUGCUUAAAACUAAUGAAGUAUCUCUUAGAACAAUUGAAAAUGAAGUUUGGACACCGAAAGGAACUUGAUAAAUUCUGCUCCUACCAUGUGAAAACUGCCUUCUUUCAUGUCUGUACCCAGGACCCGCAAGACAGUCAGUGGCACACCAGAAACCUAGAGCUCUGCUUUGAUAACUGCGUGACGUACUUUCUUGAGUGCCUCAGGACUGAACAACUCAAGCAUUAUUUCAUUCCUGGAUUCAAUCUGUUUUCUCGGGACCAAAUUGACAAAAUAAGUAAAGAAUUUCUAUCACAGCAAAUUGAAUAUGAAAGAAACAAUGGAUUUCCAGUUUUUCAUGAAUUUUGAAAUUAUAUUUUUAAAAAGAAUCAAGA